CUUUUUUCGUUAUUUCUUUUUCAAACAUUUUCUUCUUCCACGGUUCAAUUUUUGUUUGGGAUAAUGCCUGCUCUCUUUCUCGCAGUAUCCUGGUGGUGAUCGAUCGCGUCAACUCAAUCGAACAAAAAUAGUGCCGACUUCCUGGCUCCAGUUUAUUUUGGGGCCACAAUGCCGAGGAGGCACAAAAUCGACUCAGCGCAUACCCACUGUAGCUUCCCCGAAAAUUUGAUGUGUUCGCUCUCUCUCUCGGUUUUAGUGACGCCUUUGCGUAUCCAUGCUGCCUCUUCAGGGAAGCAAACAACACUGAUGGCGUCGAAGGCCCACAGAAGCCUCGAAGGAAGGAUGCAGGAGAAUUGGUCUGAUCAUAAUUCUCUUCCUGCUGCCAUUCGAGACAGCCUAGGAAGAAGUAUGUGUCCCGUCACUGAUUCGUUGUCCAUGAGCUAUCUCUUACGAAAUAUUAUCCCAACUGGUGCAUGGGGUACAAGGACUGUCAAAGGAUUCCCAAGUUUGGUGCCUGUGGGUACGGUGGAUGAGGAUAGUCAACUACUGGUUGAGGCUGGCGACUAUUCGCAGGGUGUUCUUGCGAGAUACAGCAACUAGUGACUAGUGUC